UUUCUUUUGCAUAUUUUCAGAACAACAGAGAAACAUGCCCAAGAUUUCCAGAAUGGUGUGGGGAAACAGCUGCAUGAGGAGCUGGUAGCUCAAGACAAAAACAACAAGCACACAAGCUACAUCUCAGGGCCAUGGUUUGAUAUGUACCUCUCUGCACGGGAUUCUGUGGUGCUGAACUCCAACCCCUUUAUGUCUUUCAAUCCCGACCCCAAGACUGAGUACAACGACCAGCUCGUGCGUGCGACCAAUAUGGUGUCUUCAGCGGUGCGCUUCAUGAAGACGCUGCGAGCUGGCUUGCUGGAGCCGGAGGUUUUCCACCUGAACCCUGCCAAAAGAACAGACAGUUUCAAAAAAUUAAUCCGCUGGGUCCCAUCGUCACUGUCUUGGUAUGGAGCCUACAUGGUGAAUGCUUUUCCUCUGGACAUGUCUCAGUACUUUCGCCUCUUUAAUUCGACUCGGAUCCCAAAGGUGGGCCGAGAUGAGCUGUUCACUGAUGAGAAAGGCCGACAUCUGUUAGUUAAGAAAGGCAACAUGUAUGUAUUUGAUAUUGUGGACAGGGACGGGAAUUUAGUGAAGCCUGCAGAAAUCCAGGCCCACCUGAAGUACAUUUUGUCUGACUCUGCGGAGGCGGCCGCCUUCCCUCUGGGUGUCCUGACCAGUGAGAACAGGGAUGUCUGGGCCGGGCUGAGGGAGAAGUUGAUAGCGGCUGGAAAUGCAGAGGAUUUACGAGUCGUCGACAGUGCCCUUUUCUGUCUCUGUCUCGAUGAGGAGAGCAUGCGGGACCAUAUUCACAUCUCCCACAACAUGCUGCACGGCGACGGCUGCAACCGCUGGUAUGACAAAUCCUUCAACUUGAUUCUGACCAAAGACGGACAGGCAGCGAUUCAUUUUGAGCAUGCCUGGGGCGACGGAGUGGCCAUGCUCCGCUUUCAGAACGAGGUGUUUAAAGACACCACGGAGCAGCCGCUGGUUCAUCCCGGUUCUGCUGCUGGCAUGGAUUCAGCCUCAGCUGUGCGAAGGCUGCACUUCAACCUGGACAGCGAACUGCAGAACGGCAAAAGGGCGAAGGAGAACUUUAACUCAGCCGUGUCAAAACUCACCAUUGCUGCCAUGGAGUUUAAGAAGGGCGGGAAGGAGCAGUUAAAGAAGAGCAAUCUGAGUCCAGAUGCUAUCGCCCAGCUGGCUUUUCAGAUGGGCUUCUUGAGGCAGUACGGACAGACAGUAGCCACAUAUGAGUCUUGUAGCACUGCAGCGUUCAAACAUGGCCGCACAGAAACCAUCCGGCCAGCCUCCAUACACACCAAAAAGUGCUCACAAGCCUUUGUUAGCCAACCAGAACACAGUGUGGAGGAGCUACGGGGCAUGCUCAACGAGUGCUCCAAAUAUCAUGGGCAGCUCACCAAGGAAGCAGCUAUGGGUCAAGGGUUUGACCGUCUGUUUGCCUUGCGAUACAUGACCAACUCGAAGGGCCAACCUCUGCACGGCUUGUACACGGAUCCGGCCUACGCUGCCAUCAACCACAACAUCCUCUCCACCAGCACCCUCACCAGCCCCGCCGUCAGUCUCGGUGGCUUUGCUCCAGUGGUGCCCGAUGGCUUUGGUGUCGGCUACGGUGUCCGCGACGAAUGGAUCGGCUGCAACGUAUCCAGCUACCCAACUCGCAACGUCCACGAGUUCCUGCAGUGCGUCCACAAGUCUUUAGAGGACAUUUUCAGUGUCCUGGAAGGGAAGUUGCUCAGCUAAGAAUGAAGUGCAUGCAGAGAAAAGGUGGUUUUACGAGAGUUGAUCAUAAAGGGAAGAGACUGUAUAUAAAAAUCAAAAAAACUUGGUUUAAAUUUGGUCAUUAGCCCUAUGAGAGUAGUACGCUUUGUGUAGUGACACCCUGCUCACAGUGCUCCUGCAUCGCUUCAAACACUCCCUGACAGCGUGGUUAUGGAAACAUGUUGAGCAUUAUCUGCCAUUUGCACUAAAUCUCUUAAACUGUGUCAGAAUAGUAACCCCUCAGCUUGAACUAUAUUUUGGUGAAGAAAGUCAUCACAGAGAACCCAGUUUGGCCAGCAGAGCAGGCGAGGAGCAACGAUUGUGUUGUGACCAAAAAUAAUGUGUGCCUAAUUGCCAUGCUGUGAUCAGACACACUAACAUCUUCACACCAAAUGCUCUCCCUCAGACACCUCAGGACGUUACAGAAGAGCCUCGCCUUGAUAAUCCGACGCUGGGGGAUGAAUUCACGGUGCACAACCACGUGAUUGUCAAAACGAGCCAUGGUCCUGGUGCUCCUGACAUGACACUCCUCUGUUUUGAAGACUGUAGGUUCUUCAACUGUGAAAACCAAAUGUUUCUAUUUAGUGUCCUAUUAUGAGUGAAGAUCCUCCACAUGAAGUUGGAUCAUCCAGCUGCUGACUGACACAAUGAAAUAUUCACUGUCUGCUCCAUUCUCAGAGAAAUUGCAAUGUGCAGCUUCCCACCUGUUACAAAAGCAUAUUAACAUUAAGUUCUGCUGUUAAUAGUGCAGCAUCACGAGUUGCUGCUUGCACAUGUUGCACCACAGUCUCAAAACUUUUCGAUCAAGCCUUGUAAUCAACAGUGAAGGUGAGCGUUGUAG